AUGGACUUCAUCAGCAUCCAGCAGUUGGUAAGUGGACAGAGAGUCGAAAGGAAAGUGUUGGGAUGUGGACAUGGAGUUCCUGAUCCUGGAGGCUGGCCUAGUGACUGGAGUCUGGGACCCCAAGAGGCUGUGGCCCGGGAAAAGUGGAGACUGGAAGAAGAGAAGAAGAAGAGACUUGAAAGAUUUAACAGUUCCCGACUUAAUUUGGAGAAUCUGGCUGACUUGGAAAACUUGGUUCAAAGACGGAGAGAAAAGCGACUGAAACGCCGAGUCCCCCCCAGGGCACCUGAGCCCGAGGUUAAGGGGCAGCCCCAGGCCCGGCUGGAGCCUGUGGACCUGGAGAUGUUCCUGAAGGCAGCUGCUGAGAACCAGGAGGCCCUGAUUGACAAGUACCUGACAGACGGAGGGGACCCCGAUGCCCACGACAAGCUCCACCGCACGGCCUUGCACUGGGCCUGUCUGAAGGGUCACAGCCAGCUUGUGAACAAGCUGUUGGAGGCAGGUGCCACUGUGGACGCUCGGGACUUGCUGGAGAGGACACCCGUGUUCUGGGCCUGCCGUGGAGGACACCUCGACAUCCUCAAACAGCUGCUUAACCAGGGAGCCCAGGUCAAUGUUCAGGACAAGAUCUGGAGCACCCCCCUGCACGUGGCCGUGCGCACAGGGCACUGUGACUGUCUGGAGCACCUCAUCGCGUGUGGAGCCCACGUUGACGCACAGGACAAGGAAGGGGACACAGGUCUACACGAGGCCGUGCGGCAUGGCCGCUACAAAGCCAUGAAGUUGCUGCUGCUCUACGGAGCCAAGCUGGGCAUGCAGAAUGUGGCUUCAAUGACCCCAGUGCAGCUGGCACGAGACUGGCAGCGGGGCAUCCAGGAAGCACUAGAGGCCCAUGUUGGGCACCCCCGUACCCGGUGCUAAUGACGGCAGCAGACCUGCGGGUCACUCCAGCCACCAUUCCAUCCCCUUCUCCUCCUCCCCUCCUCACGCCACUCAAGCACCUGUACCCAUGUGUGGUCCUUACCUCUCAGUCCUGAUUCCUCUUGCGGUGGUUUCCUCAGUCCUCCAGGGCAGCCCUGUCAGGACUGAGGAGCAGCACCGAAUCCGGCAGGUAGAUCAAGCAGACCUCCCUGGCUUCAGGUCUCAGGGGUGGCCCGUUCCCUGCCAGGGCACAAGCUAGGAAGGGCUGACACAGAGGACCAUGGGUAAGCAGGAAACAAAGUGGGUCCACACGAGACACCAUGCGAGUGGGAGCCCAGGAUGGAGCAGAAAAUGACAAGUCCUAAGCCUCGAGCUGCCCAGGGCUGGGUGCUAGAGCUCCUUGGUGUUCACUGACCCUCAGUCUAGGAGACUGGUUACGUCCCUGCCCUUCACAAGGGCCAGUCUCCCGUCGGGUGGUGCUUCAGCACAUGGCCAGCAGCCGCCAUCCAGGCCACACAGAUGCCGGGCAUUUCUGCAGCUGCCCCAUGCCCUUGGGCGGGGUUUCUCCAGGGGACUUCAUUCCUAUCAGCAGCAACCCUGAUAGUGUCUGGAGCGGCUCUAGACAACUUUGGUCUUGGGGACUCUGGAGUUGGGCCUGGCGGUCUGGAGGGGGCUGCUCAGCAGGUUUGAGGCCCCACUGCAGCAGAAGUCCAGGACCAAACUGGUUGCCCUAGAGGCCCCAAGACUGAUGAGCUAGAGCUAGUACUUAUCUUAGGGAAACCCCAUGCCCACUGUCCAAAGGCUUUGUUCAGGCCUGCCUGCUGCACGCCAGUUGCCGGCUGGUGGCUCUCCUUGUGGGGUGAAGCGCCGGGGUGCUAGGGAUUGCUUGUGGCCCACUCAACUUUUGGGGCGGUGGCCCGUAACCCUACUGUGCCGCAGGCGCUGCCGCUGCUGCUGCCCUGGUACUGCAGCUCUUGCCUGGACCCCGCGGCUGCUCCUGCUCUGCUUUAUCCUCCCUCAGAAGCAGGACACUGAGGAGCUCAGAGCCCAGCCCGAGGGGAAGCAAGGAGGGCGAGGAGCACACCUCCUCCUGUCCUCGUCUGCUAGCUGGUGGUAGAUUUAGGAC